UAGCAGCGCAUUUGCUUCGGCAUCAGCUGCUAGGUGGUUUUUUUUUUUUUUUUUUUUGGAUUGAUCCUUUUCUGAGAAAGGAGGAGAGGUUAUUUCCCCACGUUUGAUUUAGACAGGCCCGGGAGGCUCCUGGGAGCCCCAUCCCCUCUUUUUAGGAGCAUGCCAUGGGGGGGAGUGGGGCUAGCCACAGAGGUACGGGCUGGCGUGAUCGUCUCGUUUUUUUUUCAGAGACGGGAGGGCAUGUUGGCUUGGCGAAGGGGCCCUCUCUAAACUAGUGCGCUUUGUUAGAUUGCCUCUACUUCAUGCUAAAUCGAUCUGUAAAGAUAGGGAGGUGGACCUGACUGCAGCUGAGACUUCAGUUUGCUUUUUAAGGUUCCAGAGCCCGCCUGAAGUGUGUCCCCCCCCCCCCCAACAGCCCUGUUUAAACAUUUGCUCACCCAGGAAAAGCCGUGGCUUUUUCUCUCUGUGUUUAGUCCCAAACUCCUUGUUAGGGUUUAAGCUAUAGCUUCUAUUUUUAAAGGGUUUUUUUUUUUGUGCUCCUCCAGUUCCUCCAGAGACUUCUCAGGCUGGUUCAGUGUGCAGCUGAUUAAUGCACUCCUGGAAAAAUUAGUUUACCUCUAGGGGUUCUUUUCAUUCCCCCCCGCCCCCAAAUGAGCAAGUGCAGUGGUUGAAGGAGAAAUAAAAAAAAAUCUAGGGAGAACCAGAACCUGGUGCAGCUAGUGCAACAAGGGGAAAAACCAACAAUUCCAGAGCAGUGUCAGUAAAGGUGUAUGUGGGAAUGGUGCACUUUGUGUCAAUGGUGUGGCGCAGGCUGCUGCGGAAGCGUUGGGUCCUGGGUAUUGUAUUUGGACUCUCCCUCAUCUAUUUCCUUACCAGUACCUUCAAACAGGAGGAGAGGACGGUACGCGAUCGGAAUCUUCUCCAAGUACAGGAACAUGAGCCCAUCAUGUGGAAGGUGCAGUUCAGCCUGGGAAAUAGCAGUCAGCGAAGUAACCAGUGCAGAAAUUCUGUCCAGGGGAAGCUAUUCAUUACGGAUGAACUGGGCUACAUCUGCGAAAGGAAGGACGUGUUGGUGAACGGCUGUUGUAACGUCAACGUGCCUAGUGCAAAGCUCUAUAAUUGUGACAGCUGCCUGCCCAACGGUUGUUGCAGCGUGUAUGAGUACUGCGUUUCCUGCUGUCUGCAGCCCAACAAGCAACUUCUCCUGGAGCGUUUCCUGAACCGGGCAGCUAUCGCUUUCCAGAACCUCUUCAUGGCAGUGGAAGAUCACUUUGAGUUGUGCUUGGCCAAGUGCAGGACUUCAUCACAGAGCGUGCAGCACGAAAACACCUACAGAGACCCCAUUGCAAAGUACUGCUAUGGCGAGUAUCCCCCUGAGCUCCUGCCUAUUUGAAAGCUGCCUAAUCUGAACUAACAUGGGGAAAACAAACUGAGGAUUGGCGCCUGGAACUGCAAGACAAGAGCUGCUUGUACAAGAGCUUAAACUCUCAUCUUGAGAUUUCCAAAGACAAACAGAGUGAUUUGCAGUCUAAGCUUGGGACUUAUUUCUUGGGAAAAUCUCUCCUAUUUAGACUGAAGAACAUGAUAGACCUGCCAUGGAUGGGUGGGAGGGAAUCUUUUGAAUGGUUAAUCUAAUUGAAGAGCUACCACUUAGGAUACACGCAAUGGAUUUAGUCUGUAGAUCAGCAUAGAAAAGGGCAUAAUACAGCUUUUCAUCUCUACAUAGAAGUUAAAUUAUAUCCCCAAAGAACAUGGACUUUAGACUGACUGCUGUAGAUAUGAAGAGGGAUUUUUUGUGCUUAAAAGGUAAAUAAUGCCUAGGGAGCUUAUCUCCUGGAGGACUUUUCAGCAUCCACGGUGCAGACUUUAUAUGUAACUAUGAAUUAUUUAUUGGGUUUAUAUGGAAUAGCUGAAAGUAUUGAUGUUUCUUGUAGCCAUUGGCUGACUCCUUCCAAUCCAUAGAUUAUCCUGGAGAAAGGUCAUCCUUCAUCUUGACCAGAAUAACUCAUCUCUCUCUUCUGUCAGGUUUUUUUUUGUUUGUUUGUUUGUUUGUUUUGCACUGGGGCCCAUCACCAUAGUAUUUGUAUGUCAGUUUAAACUGGCAUAGCAAAGUCCCCUCUGGAAUUCAUGGAGCCUUCAGUUCCCAUAACAUGAGAGAGAAAGGAGAGCUCGGCAUGGGCUGGGGUGUUUUUGUGAGUGGAUGCAUAUGCCAUCCUAGUUAGAAAAGCUUAACAAAAGAAAGUCUCGCGGGGUAACCCGUAAGUCAUCCAACUCUUGAUUAUUCAGAUCUCCUUGCCUGAAGUACUGAGGCUUCUACUGCUUGUACUGCACACCAGCAUGGCUCCAAAAUGCUUCGCUCCUGGUUGUGCAGGGGCAGGAAGUGAAAGGACUGGGGUGUUUUGGGAUCCUGGUUUUAAUGAGAUCCUGAUGUAGUAAGUAAUUAGACUACAAUGUCAGGACACUUGGCUCUAGCCCUCCUCUGAAGUUAGAUUAGCGGCCAGUUUCACAGUAGUUCUUGUAACAGCUUAUAAAUGACAUUCCAGCAUGGGGUUCUGACCUGGCUGCUUGGAGGACUCUCUAGUUUGAGAUUUCAAUCUAAUUAGCGUGGCUAAUUGAACACAGUGUUGAUUUCCCCCUGCAGUGUCCUGUCACUCUUGUAAGGCUGCAGUUUAAAUCUUUCCUUCUGAUGCCUCUGUGAGGCCAGUCUGAAAGAAGGGAGUUGGGAGAAAUGUUUUUCCCGUGCUUCUAAGAGCUGAGAGAAUUUAUGUUUCCUGAAAGUCAGACUCCUAGCACUGAGCCAAACGCGGCAGUUCUGGUAUAUACAGCACCUCACUCCUCUUCUCUUCUGCUCUUGCCUCUACCAUAUAUCUGCUCCUUGUGUGUUGCCAUGGUUCUGACUUUGUGCUCAUGUAUGUUAAUCAAUACCUCUUACUCCUCCCUUGGGAUAAAGCAAUUUACCCAAUUAAGAAAUUAGAAUAAUGUGGCCGGUAUUCUAUGACAUCCCUUUGUUAAAAUAUUCUUUAGCCCAUUGCAGGUUGUUCUGUUGUGCUUAUAGUUAAACUUCAUGUGGCAUAAGCAAGGAUUUAGAAGUUACCAGCCAUCUCUAAUACGUGAAAUUGUGAAAACUCACUUGCAUUUUUUCCUCAUCCUUUCCCAAAAGUUUUCAAAUGAGAUAAGGUCUUGGAAGAUAAAAUGUCCUUGCCAGCAAGUCCUAUGGAAAGUCUUAAAAACUUGUAUCUCAUGGAGCUAUGACAGCAGAAUUUUAUCCGGUCACCAUCCUUUCUCCCAUUUGCUGCCCUCUUAUGGCAACUUGCAGGAUGAAACAUUGUUGUACAUAAGGUUGGAAGUAUGUGCUUUUUGGUGGGCUUGGAGAAGCAUGGUACGCUGAUGGGCAGAUAUAGCUGGACCAAUAUACUUAUACUGGCAGAACCCCUAGUGGAGAUGCAGCUUAUACUGGCAAAAGGACUGUGUUGCCAGUUUAACUGCAUCAAUACCUAAAACUUAAGUUGACCUAGCUAUGUUACUCAGAGAUGUGAAAAAUUCACACCCCGAGAGAUGUAUUUAAGCCAACCUAACCCCCAAGGUAGACACAGGUAGGAUGACAGAAGCAUUCUUCCAUUGACCUAACUAUUGCCUUUUGGAGGGGGCGGGGUGGAUUUACUAUAGUGAUGGAACAAUUCCUUCCGUCACUGUAGCAAGGGUCUGCCCUACAGUGCUAGAGCUGCAGCACUGUAGCAGUGCUGAUAGCAUCUGUCAUGUAUACUUAGCCUCAGGCUUUUGCCUACAUAGCUGUGUUGGUUGGGAGUAUGAAAAAAUCACACUCCUUAUCAUAGCUAUGCCGGCAAACAAAUGUAGACCAGGACUUUGAGAUUUAAUGGAGCAUGAAGUCGAAGGAGAUACCCUCUUUGACACUAAGAAGAUCACAUUAGCUGUCUGGCGCUUUGUCCCUGUACCACCCCCAACCUGUUUUAUUCAGAGAGGACAGUCACCGUUGUCUAAGGCCUUGUCUAUGCUGAGCUGUAUUUUAACACUUUCCACAAGUGCACAACCACUCCAGUACAGCCCUAGUACAAUGCGGCACCACCAGCCGCUGGCAUUUUUCUCUUCCGUAUCUUCCUAUUUAGAUUGUUUAACCUAAAAACUCAAUGUGGUAGUAAAACGCUCUAAUGCUUUGUCUACACUAGACCCCCCCCUGUCAUUGAUAUCACUGGUAGAAUGGCGGUAGUAGGAAAUUGUAAGAAACGCUCAACCUAUACAACCAUAGGGGAAUCUCUUGGACCCUGUCUAAACUAGUGAAAUACGUGGAGUUUAGAAACGUGUUAGCUGGCCAUUGUCAAUUCUGGGGGUACCGUGUCCAGCUCAUGCGUCUGUAAAGGUAUCUAAAUCCUGUCUAUGCUAGGGGCGAAAGGGUAAAAAGUUAGCUAAUGUGUUUUAAAACCUCACUUGUUUUCCUAGUCUGUGUGCCCUUGUACGACAAGGUAGAUGUAGCAAAACAAUAAAUCCAGAUAAUGCAAUAGGGUGAGAAGUGACAAUGAAGGUAAAUAUAAUCAAGAAAAGGAGGUGCGGGCAAACAGGAAACCAUUUUUUCCCCCAUUCCAUAAAGAGAAAUAACAUGUUUCUCUUAAUGGUCUGAAAAAGGCAAAGUUUGAGAGCUAGCCCACAGAAACUUCUUCUCCUUUGGGAAAUCUGAUUGUUGAGGUAGCUGAGUGCCAACAGGAGAGUCCUGCAGUGGGGCAUAGUUAUACAUGCCAGAAACUUGCCCUUCCUCCAUUUGAAGUAUCAACUUAUUACCAUGUGACUGUAAAUUUUAUAUGUUGGUUAUGAAAGUGGCAGCCCCAUUAUAUGAGAUCUAGUGAUUCUACCUACCAAAGCAAUCAGCUAAGCAGAGUUAAGAUUCCUGGAAAACUUGUCCUGUGCUUAGAAGAGCUUGUGCACGAUUGCUUUCCUGCAAAUCCUCAGCUAGUGAUGGCUUGGAAAAAGGUACUGUACAAACUCCUGUGCAGGGACCAGGGCUGAAGAGAAGCGUGGAACCUCUUUUUUUUUUUUUUUUUUUUCCCUCCUGAGCUUAAUGGAGUGAAACUGUGAAUGGGCAAGCACAGAGUCUGGCUUGGGACCCUCACUGAGCAUUUGAUGACCAUGGCUUUAACAUUCUAGCCUCUCAGUCUCACUGAGUCUCUUAGGUAUUUUGAGUGUAUUACAGUGAAAAUUUAUCACUCCGCUUCUCUUAUUGAUAUGUUUUUAGGCUCUGGACCCUUGCAGUAGUUUUGUAAAGCUUUGACUAUAAAGCACUAGAUACAGCAACUGCUAACUAAUAUCCUUUUACUUCUGACAACCUUCUACCCUCUCUUUGCCUUCCCUCUUCAUUUUGCCGACUCUGAGCUUUUUCUGUACUUAGCUCAUGGAUUUGUUUGGCGGUGGGCUAAUUGUUUUGCUCCUUCAGUUCCAGUCUAAUUGUGCCAAUUCCUUAUAUUUGCAUGCAUACUUUUUCUCCAAUCUUGGCAAGUUAGGGGGAGGAGAAUCCUUUCUCCCCUAAUGAGUAACCUCCAAGGGGUUAAUGAAUUUAAUAAACUGUGGGAGUCUUAAAAAAGGGCCCUGUGCAUUCCCAUUAUAUCAGUGGGGAAACUACUGUAGGCAGUGAAAAAGAGGAAAAAAAAAAAAAUCCCACAGCCUCAUCUGCUGGGGAUGAAAGGAAAACAGAAGGCAAAAUGGUGUUGGUUUCUGUCUCUUAUUACUGAGGACUCCCAACCACACACUUCUGGCUUUUAGCAACUUGCAUUUUAUAUACAGUAUUGUGCUUUCUAACAUUGCACUAGUCUGACUCACAUGGCAGCUAGUGUAGUUUUUAAACCACAGCUUCAGCGAGGUUGGAAAUACGAAUUUUUGCAAGGAGAUUAAAAUGGCUUUAGAAUGAAGGAUGCCUGCGGUAGUUAUGAGUAAUCAACUUCAACAUGCCUUCAACAAGCAAGUAAACUUCAUACUUGGCUGGGCAGUUCAUAGUUUGCAUCAUAUAUAAACUUGAAAUCACAGUAUCUUUUUUAAAAAAUCCAUGGCAGUUAUGAGUAAUCAACUUCAACAUGUCUCUUAUUUUCUCUGUCCCCUCUUUACUUCGGUCAGCCUUUGUUGAGACCAAUUGCCAGGGAGGCAGGCUGAGGUGAACAGCAAUGUAACACCGUUGAUCGGCCAACAGAGGUUACUCUAAGACUUAAGUAGCAGUUGGUAUUCUCCCAUUCAAGAUGAAGUCUGGCAUGUGUCCCUUUGAGCUAUUGAGACAAAACUUCACUUGGCAAAAAACAGGAACACUUUCUGAGUGCAGGGGACAAAGGUGAUCAAUGUUCCUCAAGAAAAUGUGCAAUUUUUCCUGUAUUGCCAACGCUUGUUCUUCAACAGUACUGUAGUCAAAGGGCAAACAAACCCCACAAAAAGUUAAGGCUGCUUGGGUUUUUAACAUUUCACCCACGUGCUAAGGUGUUGUCAUACAUAGGGGGUGAGCUAGAGAAGUCACUGGUUUGAGGCAGCCUAAUUCACAACCACUGUAAUAAAGAAAAGUACCGGACCCCGGGAGAAACAAAAGAGAGUAUCGCACUACGUAGCAAACUGCCAACAGCUCAGUAGUGACAAAUGGACCCCUCCGAUCAAGCCCCAAUGAGUAACUUUCUUUAUGAGGCGAUCUUUCUUACUUCUGACAGAUAACUGCCAGUAUAACUGUCUCUUAGAGCUUGUCAUGCCCACAAGUCUCCUUGACUUGAACUGUGUGCACACUGCAACAUGGAGGCAGCAAGGGCUGAGUCUGCAAUACUGAGCCAGUCUGUGGAUUUGCUUUUGCGGAGCAACUGAAAGUCCCAUGCUGAUUGGGUGCAGCGAACGCUGAUCAGAACUGUCUGCUCAUGCAGGGCUGUAGUAGGAGUCACAGGAACGCAGAUCCAGGAGUAAUGCUAGGAGCGGACACGCUCAAAUUCCAGUGAGAGAGACCAGCAAGAGUCCCGCCCCCAGCUCCUGUUCUGACCAAUGAUGGUCAAGUGUUGGUGGCAGCCUUCCCGCCUUUUUCUUGCUCUCUCUCUCCCCACACUGUCACUGUGGGUGGGCUACUGAGACCUGCUCCCCGUCUCCAGGAGCCUCAUGGAGGAGGGGCAGCCAGCCUCAGAGGGCGGGAACAUGGCUGGGAAAAUUCUCUCCUGCCCUAGUGCAAAGACAAAUGUGGGGGAGGGGACAACCACUCAGCUGCCCCUUUCCACACAACCAGGUGGGGCAGCAAGGGAGAGUGGAGACGUAGUCAGCGCUCCCAGCCCUGGACCCAGGCAGCAUCAGGAGAAGAGUGACACCCUGGUAGCUGAGAAAAGCAGCUGUCAGGAGGGGACCGGAGAGCAGAGCCCCCCUCAGCCAUCACCUGCCUCAGGACAGUUGGUGAGUUCUGAGCGUCCAUUGUUUUCGAGUCCCCUCUACCCGCUUGUGCAGCCGUAUACGCAGGGCUCAGAUUGGCAAAAGGAGAGUUCAGAUGCAGCCUGCUUCUGCGUCAUGGUUGCCCAAGGCCUUGUCCAGUUUAGUUAAACUGGUGCAAACCCCGGCAGGGAUGCUCUUAUUCUGCUCUAAGAGGGGCUUAUUUAAAGUCAGUUUAAACCUGCUUCUAAUGGAGUUUAAGCUAACUCCCAAUAAGCUCUGUUUUAACGGAAACAAGCGGGCACACAGAGGGCCUUGUGCAUCUGUGUAAUUAAAGUGGUUUAAAAUCACACCUUUAAAGAGGUGCAACUCUGAGCCUAGGCAAGCCCUGUUAGGUCCUCUCCCCCUCCAGAACACUGGGGUGCUGUGCCUCUGCUCCUACUCUUUCCGUUCCUUUAUUUCCUGGUCUCCUUUCUGUUCUCUGGUUUCUCUGCCUUUCCUUCAGGCUCAUUACCUCUCCCCACCCCAAUUAUCAGGUAUUUCCUCUACUGCUCAAGGACUGAAACAGGAGAGGGUGCUCUGACUGCAUGAGGGGAGCUCUGCUCUUCCAAGAUAGGGGAAGGCUGGAGGGCUCUCUUCUGCUUUUGAGAUGGGGAGCUGGGCUGCACCUUCUUUCUCUUUGCUUUAAGCUCCUCCCACCGUUGCUCUUAGAUCUGGUGUCAGGCAGUACACGCCAGCAUUAAAAGCACAGUGGUUUUGAACCGGCUUCACCCACCCACCUGUUUUGAGGGUGGGAUGCAAAAGUAUCAUGUUGUCGGAUCUACAGAACCUGCCAGCGCCCAGACCAUCCACAGUAUUUUCAGGCAAGCAGCGGCUCAGCUGCCAGUGCUCUGAGGUAGGAUGGGAUGCAGAAUGUGGAUCUUAGUGUUUGUACUUCUGUAGACCCUGGGAGCCCCUCAGCCCUGUACAGACAUACAACAAAAAGAGGGACCCUGCCCCGAAGGGUUUACACUUAUUUUUUCAGGGUCAACAGGUCCUAUUCUUUCUGCAUCUUACUGAGGACAUCUAGAUAGCAAAAGAGAAAGAAGUGGCUCUGGUUGGGAGAUACUGGCUCAAUGCCAGCAUGGUUUAUUGUAGGACGUUUGUUUGUAAAGGGAAUAAGACAUGGGGGGGCACAAAGCACGGUGUGGGCUCAGUAGCUCCUCUCAACACUUGACUAUUUCAAUAUUUUUUUAAAUGGCGAAGGACUCUGUCUGAGACAUGAAUUAAGUCCUUGCGAAUGAUCAGUUGAAAAGCUCUUGUGGUGUUGGAGCUUUACAAACAAUUAACCUGGAGCUAGCCCACUUCCUUGUAACUGCAGCUUUAGGUUGAAAAGUUACUGUGUAAGACUAUCCAGAGGGUUUGUGAUUUCUGUGUCUUGGUGACUCCAGAGCAAGUCUCUCUCAGUGUACAAGGAUAAAGAUGCUUUUUUGAACUGCCUGUCCUACAAACCCAAACUGGGAUUGGAGAGUCAUGGGAGGAUCUUUCUGGACCAUACAUAAUCACCCAUCAUAAAGGUUAUGCAAUUGGAAAUGAGUUAACAAUUCUGCUGAUACAUGAGCCAGAAUAAAAUCCAGCUCAGUAUUACCAAACCUGAACAUUCAAUAAUUGAGUCAAAAACUCAUGAGAUUGACUUAAAUCAUAAGAUUUUUUUUAAAAAGUUAACAUUUAUUUUUAUUUGCAUUUUGAUGCUGGAGCAUUUAAGGUUCACAGUCUCAAGCUUUUCUCUGCAAUCUUUUCUCUACAAUCUUUUUCUUAAAGGAAAGCUGAGAUUGUCAGGUAAUGAUCUGAUUCCAGAAACUAGGGCUUUAGGAAAAACACCAACUAUCAUAAGACUCACAAUAAAGUGAUAAGAGGUGGCACCACUGAGACCUAAGUUAGUUCUGCAGCUUAAUCAAGUUAAAAGCCAGCUUCCUCUCUGUUCUGUGCCGAGUCUGUAGGGCUAAUUGGAAUAAAUUAAAUUGUCACUCAAUAAGAAGGUCGUUGGAACACGCACCAAGAGCAGAUCUGUUAAAUAAGUUGCCACUUAUACAAAGUCACUUUUGUGACCCUAAUAAUAGGUCUUUGGGUCCUACUACUCAAAAAAAUGACUUGAUGGGUCAAAUUUGUUUAAGGGCCAAAUCCAGAAGACAGGACUUAGGCCAAAUUCCUUUGAAAGUUAAUGAGUGUUUUGGCUGGGUAGGGUGGUGAAGGCUUUAGACUGAACUUGGAUUCUCCCUGGCAUCAUUUUCAGUUUGAUCCCAUUUCAAACCGCUGAGAGAUUCAUUCCUGAAAACUAAGGUUCGUGAUAGAAAUUCUGCAAGGGACCAGGCCAUUAAAACAAACUAAGCUAUUUGUGAGGACAGACUAAAUGUUUUUGAUGUCAUGCUGUGUGCACUUGUCACAGCCCUGCCACAUCAAGGUUAGAGGGGGAAGGUGACUGGCUGGUAGUUGCUUAAUCAGAUGGAGAUGUUGAUUUUCAGGUAACCCAGUCAGGGUGAGAUUGCCAUGCUCUGUCACUCUUAACAGCCACAUAAUGAAUAUGCUUUCCAAAAUUCUUGUUUCUCAUGGCAGCGGCAGCAUGUGAUCUGUGUCACUGUCAAAAGGAAAGUGAGAUGUAGUUAAUACAGAGCUGCACAACAAAGAAAUAUUGAUCAGGUCUCCCCAUGCUAUGCUUGAGUAUCUGCAGGGACAAUGGAUAGUGCAGCAAAUAGGGAUGGCAAAACAAAAAACAUUGUGUCCCAAGGUCAAGGACAUGAUGGGGCAGGCCAUGUAGCUCCAGUGCUGAGCAGCACCAGCGUGGAAACAAUUCAACUCCCACCCUCAAGCAUUUCCCCCAAGACACUAAAUCCAAGUGAACUGAAAGACACCUUGUUCAUGUCAUGAGUGUGUCUCCGAUGUAGUAGUUAUAGUGUUAAAAUCAGAGGCUCAUUAAAGACAAGCUAGAGCAGAUUGGCUUCUCCAAAGAGUCCCCACAUUCGGUGACUCCAGACACUAAAAUAAAAUCAAGUAGUUUAUGCUUUGGUCAGUCCAGUUCAGGUAUACUUUGUGUAAGACAUUAAGCAGUUUUAGGAGUUACCGGAGCGCUUCAAAUGGAGUUGUAAAAUGGGUGUUGUGCUGUGUCACUGUCUACAGUAGGGGUCGGCAACCUUUCAGAAGUGGUGUGCCAAGGCUUCGUUUAUUCGCUCUGAUUUAAGGUUUUGCGUGCCAGGAAUACAUUUUAAUGUUUUUAGACGGUCUCUUUCUAUAAGUCUAUAAUAUAUAACUAAACUAUUGUAUGUAAAGUAAAUAAGAUAUUUAAAAUGUUUAAGAAGCUUCAUUUAAAAUUAAACUAAAAUGCAGAGCCCCCUGGACCAGUGGCCAGGACCCGGGCAGUGAGAGUGCCACUGAAAAUCAGCUCGCGUGCCGCCUUCGGCACACAUGCCAUAGGUUGCCUACCCCUGGUCUACAGUAAUUAUAUUUUGGCUUGAAUGGACUAUUAUAUAUUUUGAAGGAUAUUUCAUUCUAAGAUAUGUAGUUUCUUUAUGGAAUUUUUAAAUUCUCUUUUUUUUUUUUAAAAGCAAAACAAAAACCUUAGAUGCUAGUUGUUACCUAAUCAAAAUGUAAUGACUGCUAAAGUUAACUUUUAACUUGACUCAACUUGUGUUUCUUAAAUUUACUGUCAAAGGCAUCUGGAAUCUUGGAUUCUUUGGUUGGAAUUUUUAUGAUCUAUAUAAAUUUAAAAUGUAUGCUUCUAAGUUCAUAUUUAGCUAUUUAAAUAAGUGCCUUCACUUAUUUUCCCUCAGCAGUUCCCAUUACAGUCAAUGGGUGCUCAGCACUUCUGAAAAAUGAGGACAUUUAUUUAGGAGCCUAACUUUAGGGUUUGAUUUUAUGGCUGUAAUUUUUAACAAAAAAAUACCCUACAGUCAUCACAUGAGAUCAUAAUAUUUCAUAAUUAUUUUUAUUAACUGUCUGCAAGUGCAACAUAUCUAACUGUUCAUUCCAGUCAAUUUCACUUAACAAUGGAUGCAUUAUUUUUGGUUUUAUGCUGUAGGGAAGGAGUUGUAUUCUAAUUUCCCUCAAAUCUUUCCAACCUUAGUUGGUGGAAAGUGCUUUCCACCUAGUUCUAGAUGGAAAACUCUAUUACGUAAAGUAACAGAGCUGCAAUGGUAAUGUGGUUCCUGUUUACUUUCCACCCCAUCAUUGUACCCCCCUACUCCUACAGCUCUCUCCUUACUGUUGGCUUUGGCCUGGUCUACAUUUAAUCCAUAAUUGACCUAGCUAUGUUGCUCAGGGCUAUGAAAAAUUUUGCACCCUGAGUACUGUAGUUAAGUUGAACUGACCCUCGCUGUAGACAGGACUAAGUUGAUGGCAUUUAAGGAACCUUCCGUUGGCCUAGUUACCACCUCACAGGGAGAUGGAUUAUCUACAUCGAAGGAAAAACACCUCCUGUUGACAUAGGAAACAUCCAUGCUACGGUACCACGGCUACAGCACAUAGUUGUGCAGUUGUAGUGUAGACAUAGCCUUUAUGGUCAUCCCUAUGUAAUUCCUCAUGAUCUUCCCUGAAUUAUCAUUAAGGGCCCAAUCUUGUAAACUCUCUAUUUCUAGCGACUGUAGUGGGAGUUGAGACUGCUGAGUAUUCUCGCUGACUGCAUCCUGUCCUAUGACUAGUGUCAUUGUCCUUCAUAGCUAUGCUAAUGCAGUACAUUACUGUCCCUUAUAAUCCUUUAUUAUUGCACACUGAAGCAUGAACUUCAACCUCACUCCAUCAUUUUGCCACUGACACCUGUUUUGCCAUCCUCAGUGUAAUCUAUCAGUGUUGUCAGUGUCAUCAUCCUGAACAGUAUUUAUUGCAGCAUGCUUUCGUCUCAUCGCUGUGAUUAUGUGAGCUUCAAUGAUUGUACUACAUCUAUCACCUCAUUACUGAAAUAAAGUUAACGUUAAUGGGA